AUGGAACAAGAUGAUAUAUCAUUUAGAAUAACAUUGAACCAUUUGAAACAAGAUUUGGUUGGAUUAGAAAAGUUUGAAGACAAUAAACUUUAUCAAGAUUUUAUAACAGAUAGAUUUAAACAACAUCUUUUACAGAAACAAGAACAAGAACAAGAACAACAAAAACAACAACAACAACAACAACAACAACAAGAGAAGAAAUCAGAAAAACAUAAUCAAUAUGAUCAAAAUGAAUAUAAUCAAUAUGAUCAACAUGUUGAAAAAGAUCAUACUGUUGUCAAUCAAUAUGAACAUUUAUCACAAACAACAACCACCACAACAACAUCAACAACAACAGCGACAACAAUAACAGACGAUAACAAUAAUGAUAUAAACAGUAAUAAUGAUAUCACUAAAAAUAAAUCAAUUGAUAUAUUCGAUUUAAUUUUAGCAAAUGUAAAUGUUGAUGAAAUUGAUGAAGAUUACGUUUAUAUAAGAGAGAUAGAUAAUGAUUUAUAUUUAAAAGAUAUAAAUACUACUUCCCCAAUUUUAGAUCAUACAGACAAUAAUAAUAAUGAAAAUAGUAAUUCAAAUCAAGAUAAUAACACUGAUGAAAACAAUAAUAAAAAUGAUAAUAAUAAUGAUAAUGAUGAUAAUAAUAAUAAUAAUAAUAAUAAUAAUAAUAAUAAUAAUAAUAAUAAUAAUAAUAAUAAUAAUAAUAAUAAUAAUAAUAAUAAUAAUAAUAAUAAUAAUAAUAAUAAUAAUAAUGAUAAUAAUGAUAAUAAUGAUAAUAAUGAUAAUAAUAGUAAUAUUAAUAAUAAAGAAACCAAUAAUGAUCAAAAGAAAACCAAGAAAACUAAAAAAAAUGUAAAUAAAAAAGUAAAUAAUGGUAGUGACUCUCCUAUUGAUAAUUUAAAUUUAGGAAGUGCCAAUAAUAGUGAUAAUGACAAUGAUGGUAGUGAAAAUGAAGAGGAAGAAGAAGAAGGAGAUGACGAAGUAAAUCAAGAAGAAAAAGAAAGAAAUAAAAUGAAAAGAGAAAUAAGAGAAAAUAAAAAGAACAUGAUUAAAAAGAUUAAAGAAUUAAAAGCACACGAUGAUACUUUUAAUGAAGCAUUCAAAUUUAUAGAUAUCAAUAAAUGGUUACAAACAAAGGGUUCUGAUAUCAUUUCAAGCGAUGGAUCUUUAGAGUUUGAUAUAAAAGAGUGCAUGCAUUCAUUGGAAGAUAAGAUUAAUGAAUUAAAUAAUUUAAUGGAAAUUUCUUCACUUUGCAAAAACAAUAAUGACACUGGAAAUAAUAAUAAUAAUAAUAAUAAUAAUAAUAAUAAUAAAUCAAAAUUAUCUUUUUCUUCAAAUAUUAUCAAUAAUGACGAAGAUGAUGUUAGAUAA